CUGCCAACAGCUUCAGCAGCGGCUCUAUCUGGAUCCUACUACACUCACUGACAAUUAAAGGAGGCCCUUUUUUCUUCUUAUUUCCGAGGACUAUUCUUCACCAUGGGCGACAAAAAGAGCCCUACCAGGCCAAAAAGACAAGCCAAACAGACCGCUGACGACGGCUACUGGGACUGUAGUGUCUGCACGUUCAGGAACACCGCCGAGGCUUUCAAAUGCAGCAUCUGCGAUGUGAGGAAGGGCACAUCCACAAGGAAACCCAGGAUCAACUCCCAGCUGGUUGCUCAGCAGGUGGCUCAGCAGUACCCGAUGCCUCCCCCGCCCAAGAAGGAGCGGAGGGAGAGGAGCGAGCGCACAGACAAGGAGCGCACCGACGGAGAAGGAGAGCGUGCCAAUGGCGAGGGACGCCCGGAGGGUGAGCGUCCAGAGAGAGUGAGGCCAGACGGAGACAUCCCUGAGAAGGACAAGAGCGACAAGGAACAGCCAAUCAAAGACAAACCCGACAGAGAGAAGGACAUCAGCCCAGCCGUCACGAAGAAGCCCAGCAGCAAAAAGACCAGACCCAAAUCAGACAACCACCAGAGCCCACCCAGUGAUAAACACAGCAUACAGUCUGGCAAAUCAGCAACCAAGACCAACAAGAACUCGCACAUUUCCAGACCCAAACUGAAGAACAUUGACCGGAGCACUGCCCAGCAGUUGGCUAUCACCGUAGGGAAUGUGACGGUUAUUAUAACAGACUUUAAGGAGAAGACCCGCUCCUCCUCCACGUCCUCGUCCACCAUCACGUCCAGCGCGGGCUCCGAACAGCAGCACCAGAGCUCCGGCUCCGAGAGCAUGGACAAGGGCUCAUCACGCGCCUCCACACCUAAAGGGGAUCUCUCUGUGGGGCACGAUGAGUCGUUCUGAGGUCCCGCCCCUUUCCCCACCGUCCUCACCCUGCUCCACUCCCCCUUUUUCCCCCCACGUUUCUGGACACUAUGGAUCCCAUAGGGGGAGAGAUUUCACCUUUCCCAUUGCUGCCCUGCCUCCAUUCCAUGACCACUCCUGGAUGCUGAGAGGAUCUGGCUGGCUGAGAGGAACAGUGUGGUGCGCCUGUCGGGGAAACAAACGCCCUGCUUGGAGAACUUCCCUCGUGGUUACACCCAUGGCACAGGCAAGGAGAGCUGGGCUACAAAGAAUAACGGCCCCAUCCCAAACCCCCCCCCCCCCCCCCCCUACUUGCGGUAGCAUCCAGACACUUGUAUGUAUUGUUUUAUAUUUGUAUGUGGAUGUGAGGCCAAGUCGACUUUUUUUUUGUUUUUGUAAAGAAGAAUUCUUCGCUGGGCACAAUAACCACCAUCAUUUUAAUAACUUUAAACUAUUAUUACCCUUAUUUAUUACCUGUUGCACCUGUAUACUUUGAUAUUCUCCUUUUUAUGUUGAAGCUUUGCUGUGUAGCUCUGCCGAUCGAUCGUUCCUUCAGUGUUUUUAUUACAGUUUGAAAAUAAUAGGACAAGACUCGAGUCACAGACAGACAGCGCACACACACACCACACACAUGCAAACACACACAGCACACACACUCACACUGGUGCUAGAUACACUGUGAAGCGGUUUUGCAGAUUUGGGAUUGCCCAUUCACUCAAUGUGACAAAGUGCUGAUGAAUCAAAUUCUCAUUCACUUUUCUCAACAACACUGUCUCACUCUGAACACUGUCUGGACCUCCACUGGGUCCAUCUGCUUGUUCUGUACAGGUCAAUCAGAAGAAGAUCACCUGAAGUUCAGACACCUGACUUUUUCAACUAGAUUGUCUAUGAUUUAGUAUGCUAUAGCAGAUCUCUUAUACAGUAUCUUAUGUCCUUAACUGUACAGUGUAGGCUGUUGUGUAAAACACUAAAAGCUGUUAAUAUUUUCUGCAUUCCAUACUUAAAUAUUGAGUUUUCUCCGGCUGAAGGUAGAGCUGUCCUCUCAUCUCCUGAGCCAGAGUUCUUUCUGUUGAGACUGAAGGAGGGUUACACGCAGUUCCACUUGGUGAAACCAUAACGAACUGUAAAAUAGACCUGUGUUGUCAAACUGUUGUGAAUUGAUUUUCUUUUUCUUUUGUUGUGGUCCUGACUUUGAAUCUUCAUUCUCUCAACCUGAUAUCCCAGAAAACAAGUGCAAAGACGUGAACAAUUUAACAAAGAUCGACAAUUCAAUUGACUUGUUUUUAUUUUUUUAUUAAUUUAAGACUCCUGUCAUUGAAGGUUAAAAAAAAAAUACUGCAGUAGUUAAUAGAACACAAUUGCUCUUUCAAUUUUUAGAACAGCAAGGCUUAUUUAAGGGUUUUAACUCACUUUCACCUUAGCUGAUACUAGACCAACAUAAUUUCCUUUUAACUGUAUGAAAUUGUAUAAAGAAUAAAUGUGUAUAUGAUAUCUUAGUUUUAUUUAUUGAAGGACCAAAGGAAUUUCAUAAUGACAUGAUACAUAGACAGAUGAAUAACAAUUUGAAAUGCAAUUAUCUAAUGUGUGAGAUGAAUAACAGUUUAAAUAAAGACUAAUAUAAUCCAUGUAAAUGGUGUUCUUAUUGUCCACUUGUCUCUGUGCAAGGCUAAAUCGGGGCAGAGAACUCUCAGUGCUGUGAGCCCAGUUAAAGGAAGCUGCCGGCUCUGCUCUCGGUGGUGGAUGUUGCCUCAUUGUGCAGGUGAUGAGAAGCAGUCUGAGGUGUGGGUGCGUAGCUGAUAAGUAGCUCUGGGUCGGCUCCUCUCUCUCUCUCUGCCGGACCACAACAGCACGUGUAGCUGCCCUAACAGAGGCCCCAACUCACCAGUUGAGGCUCCCAGAGCAACUAAAACCAGGUUAGAUGAGGUUAACUCGUCCCAGAAAAUAUCCUAAAAGGGUCUGAGGGGCAGGAUUUGAUCUGAGUUGACUUAAAAGCCCUGCAGCUUCACACGUAGGGAUGAUAAUCAUAUGUGUUGUAAGCAAUGUUUGAAGUCCAGGAAGAUAUGUGUUCAUAACUUGUUUCUGCUCUUGAGCUAUGGUUAAUAUGUAAUCAUGUACUUUAUCGCAUCUGAAUAUGGAAUCAGUGUUCAAAGUGAGGAAAAGCAAUGUGAAUAGAACUAAAAAAAAGUGGGACUGCUGGGUAAAAAAAGGGGGUUUUAUUCUCAGUAAAUAACUGGAGAAAACACGGGGGGUGUUUUGUCCAGUUUUUACUGAGAAUAAAACCCUGCUUUGUAAUGCAAUCUGUCAGAAAUGGGCCCAAAAAGCCAUCUUUUCACCUGCCUUAUCUGCAACCACAUUCACUUGACUGAGUACUCCAACAGAAAGGAUUCAUUGUUAAAUUAUUGACAAAUGGCCAUUUGCUGAGUAUAUGAAUUAUUGCUUGUAAAUAGAAUUUUAAAAAGGUGCAAAAGCAAACACUAUGAAUAAUGGCAUUGGAGCUGAAGUCUUUUGUUUCCUGUUUCCUUUCCGCGCAAGCAGUUCUGUUCUUGUGUGCGACCAGUAACCUUAAUUUACUGUGUAAAGAUGGUUACAUUUUUUAGCUUUGUUUGUCAGAGACCCAAAUAUAGAAUGCUUGUUUUACUGACUGUAUAACCUUAAACGUGAAUUUCCAAUUAAGUGUAUUAUACAAACUCAUUUCUUCCUAUAACAAUGUCUUGUACAAUGCUUUUAAAGUUACUGCUCGGUUAAAAAAAAAAAAUGGGGAAAAAAAAUUGUAGGGACAGUACAAUACUCCAUUCUUUGUUUAAUCCAGUUUUAGUUUUUAUAUUUUCUUUUCUUUUCUUUUUUUUUUAACUUGAUGAUGUGUCAUUGUUUCCCCUUGUGAAAUGGUCACAUUAUGUUCCUGGUGUGGAAAUGUACGCAGCAUUUUCAGCGGAUCACGGCUCCUUGUCUAGCUUAUAAUGUUAAAAUAAUACAUGUUUCUGGCAUGUGCACGACUUUUGCGCUUAUAGGCUAACCUGAUCAUUUUCC